AGAGCCUCCCCACCACCAGACUCUUGACAGCACCCACCCUCCUGCCCCAGGAUCAUCGACGGUGUGACGUACCCAGGGAACAUCAAGCAGAAGGAUGCAGCCCAGAAGCAGUACAGUGCGGCCGUGGCCAGAGGGGAGAGCGCUGGCCUCGUCAAGGCCACUGGGAGAAAGAUGGAGCAGUUCCAGGUGUCGGUCAGUGUGGCCCCCGCUGCCAAGGUCACCUUCGAGCUGGUGUACGAGGAGUUGCUCAAGCGGCGCCUGGGAGUGUAUGAGCUGCUGCUGAAAGUGCAGCCCCAGCAGCUGGUCAAGCACCUGCAGAUGGACAUUCACAUCUUUGAGCCUCAGGGCAUCAGCUUUCUGGAGACAGAGAGCACCUUCAUGACCAAUGAGCUUGCAGAUGCCCUCACCGUUUCACAGAACCAGACCAAGGCUCACAUCCGAUUCAAGCCAACGCUCUCCCAGCAACAGAAGUCUGCAGAGCAACAGGACACAGUCGUGGAUGGCGACUUCAUCAUCCGCUAUGAUGUGAACCGCACCCUCUCUGGAGGCUCCAUUCAGGUGCGUGGGCUCCCGGGGAGAGCAGAAUAACCAGGAAACCCAUCC